UUGGUUACAGGCUCCUGGUACCCAGGAAAGAGGAUGUAGCAUCUCCUGAGGUAACGUUAGCUUAGCAAACAGGGCAAAUGUAAGGAAAGGACGGCUGUUGUGCGGGUAAACAUGGGACGGAUAAUGGCCGUAUGAACGAAAAGGUGAUGAUUCACCGGCAGGUGAUACUGACCCAGAACUUGUACCAGAACAGGUUUCUCGGGCUCGCAGCAAUGGCCUCUCCAUCUCGUGCAUCUCGUGGCAGGAGGCGAUGUAAGGACCCGAUUCGGCACAGUUUCAACCCUGAGCAGUUCCCCAACGUGGACUUCCAGAAUGGCGUUUCUGAGGAGCUGGCGGCCGCCGUGCUGCGCUCCACCAGCGACACUGACCUCGUGACCUCCCACUGCCGCUCCACCCUCACCGUCAGCACCUCCAGCUACACCAUCGGUCAGACGCAGGACAUCACACUCUGCUGGGACAUCAAGGAGGAAGUGGACGCGGGCGACUGGAUUGGCAUGUACCUCAUUGAUGAGGUUCUGUCUGAGAAUUUUCUGGACUACAAAAACAGAGGUGUGAAUGGCUCCCAUAAAGGUCAGAUCGUCUGGAAGAUUGAGGCCAACUCCUACUUCGUUGAACUGGAGACUAAAAUCUGUUUCAAAUAUUAUCAUGGACUGAGCGGAGCACUGCGGGCCACCACACCAUGCGUGACCGUGAAGAACCCGUCCGCACCGGUGUUUAAGCCGGUGGCCACAGAUGACGUGCCUCAGAGUCAAGGCAGAAGAAGACUCAUCAGCUUCUCUCUGUCAGACUUCCAGGCCACCGGGCUGAAGAAAGGCAUGUUUUUUAACCCCGAUCCCUACCUAAAGAUCGCCAUCCACCCCGGCAAGCACAGCAUCUUCCCUGCCCUGCCUCACCACGGCCAGGAGAAGAGAUCAGGCAUCGUCUGCAAUACCAUUAAUCCCGUUUGGCAGAGGGAGCGCUUUAAUUUUGUGUCUCUGCCCACGGAUGUGUUGGAGAUUGAGGUGAAGGACAAGUUUGCCAAAAGCCGACCCAUCAUAAAGCGUUUCUUGGGCAAGCUGUCCAUGCCAGUGCAAAGAUUACUGGAGAAGCAUGCUAUCGGUGAUCGAGUGGUCAGUUACACUCUGGGUCGGAGGCUUCCAACAGAGCAUGUGAGUGGCCAGCUGCAGUUCAGGUUUGAGAUUACCUCCUCCAUCCACCCAGAUGAUGAGGACAUGUCUCUCAGUACAGAGCAGCCAGUGGCAGUCCAACCUCAAGCAGAAGACACCAUGAGCUUAAACCAGGAGGCCCCAGAGUUGCCCUUAGAUGGAGAUACAGCUUCUGUAGAGAUGCCCAUGGACGUUGAAUCCGGGCAGAACUGUCCAACUGAGGAAGAUGCAAUAGAGGAAGAGCCUUUAGAGACAGAGCAGCAACAAAUGGAGAGCCGCGAACAAAUGGAGCACGGUGGACCCGACAUGGAAGUACAAGAGACGGUCCAAGAGGAGGCAGAAUCUGAUAGUGCCUUCGCCGAUGAGCCUGCUGGAGUCGAAGAGGAGGCGAUCUCGGACCCGCAGCCAGUUUCAGAGGACCCAGAGGUGGAUCUGGAGGAAGGCUGCUCGCUCAGGAUCAGAACCACACCGAGACGGAAGCCACGACCCUGCUCUCUACCCGUGUCUGAGCUGGAGACCGUCAUCGCUUCAGCCUGUGGCGAACCCGAGACGCCACGCUCCCAUUACAUCCGAAUCCACCACCUGCUGCACAGCCUGCCAUCCACCCAAACUCAACCAGGAGAUGCAGCUCCCGACAGGCCGCAGGGCGUAGAGGAGGAGGAAGAGGAGGAGGAGGAAGAGGGUGCGACACUCGAGCCUCAUGCUUUAACACCCAACGGCCCCCGCAGAACGCUUCCCCGCAGCCGCUCACACGAGCGCCUCUCCGACCUCAUUCAAAUGCUCGACGGAGAUGGGCAACCGCUCGGGGCUGAGGGCCAAACCGGAGUUCAGAGGUCACCAGGGGAAAGCGAAUGCGAUUUGAGCCCGGUGCCCUGCUGCAGUCAUAUGGCACAUCCAGUGCGGGCGCCGUCUCUAGACAGCGCGCGUAGAUCCGAGAGCACUGUGUUCUCCUCACAGGAUGACGAGGACGAGAUGGACAGGGUGAACGGUAUUCUGGGAUUCGAGGGAGAGACCGAACAAGGCGCUAAGAAACGGGAGCCGGGGGAUGGAAGCUGUCAGUGGGAGGAGGCGCCAGACAGUCACGUCCAGAGCCCGCAUGGCAUUAUGGAGAACGGAGAAUCACCUGUAGCUGGUCCGAGCAGCAGGAGAGAAUGUCCUUUGCCUUGUAACCAUCCUGCAGUGAGCCAGCUACCAGCACUGCGGCCCGACCCACAUCACUAUCCCACCAUAGACGAGCCGCUGCCCCCAAACUGGGAGGCCCGUAUCGACAGUCACGGUCGUGUUUUCUACGUGGAUCACAUUAACCGGACCACCACAUGGCAACGGCCCACGUCCGCAGCCACGCCGGAUGGCCUGCGCAGGUCUGGUUCUGUCCAACAGAUGGAGCAGCUCAACAGGAGGUAUCAGACCAUCCAGAGGACGAUGGCCACUGAAAGGAGAGACGAGGAGUCGGGCAGCCCCCGCAGCGAGAGAACAGCCAACACUGAAACCGACUCGCCUCCACAAACAACCGAGUUGAGGAGAGACGCGCCAUGUUCUCCGGGUCAUUGUCAGAAGAUCACUUUACUUCUGCAGAGUCCAGCAGUCAAAUUCAUCACUCACCCAGAGUUCUUCACUGUGCUUCACGCUAAUUAUGGAGCGUAUCGUAUGUUCACCAACAGCUCGUGUCUGAAACACAUGGUUCUGAAGAUCAGGCGGGAUGCUCGAAACUUUGAACGCUACCAGCACAAUCGUGACCUGGUGACCUUCUUGAAUAGGUUUGCUGAUGCUCAGCUGGAGCUGCCGCGUGGCUGGGAGAUCAAAACAGACCCACAGGGGAAGUCGUUCUUUGUAGACCACAACAGUCGUGCCACAACCUUCAUUGAUCCCAGGAUCCCCUUGCAAAACGGCAGAUUGCCCAACCACCUGACGCAUCGCCAGCACCUGCAGAGAUUACGCAGCUACAGCGCAGGAGAGGCAUCAGAGGUGUCGCGCACCCGAGGGGUGUCUUUGUUAGCCAGGCCUGGAAACAGUCUGGUAGCAGCUAUACGAAGCCAGCAGGAGCCAGUACCAAUGGCCUACAAUGAUAAGAUUGUAGCAUUUUUACGCCAACCAAACAUCUUCGAGGUGCUACAGGAGCGACAACCGAGUCUGGCGAGGAAUCACUCACUCAAGGAAAAGGUGCUCCACAUCCGAACCGAAGGCACACAGAGACUGGAGAAGCUGUCGUGUGAUGCUGACCUGGUAAUGCUGUUAAGUUUGUUUGAGGAGGAAAUCAUGUCUUACGUUCCUCUCGCUUCAUUUCACCCCGGGUUCAACUUCUCUCCGCGCUGCUCCCCCGGUUCUUCUCCGCAGAACUCUCCAGGGACCCAGAGGGCUCGGGCACCGGCGCCCUACCGCAGAGACUUUGAAGCCAAACUGCGCAACUUCUACAGGAAGCUUGAGGCGAAGGGCUACGGGCAAGGACCUGGGAAGAUCAAACUGAUUGUCAGAAGAGAUCAUCUUUUAGAAGGAACGUUUAACCAGGUCAUGGCCUACUCCCGUAAAGAGCUCCAGAGAAACAAGCUCUACAUCACCUUUGUCGGAGAAGAAGGACUGGACUACAGCGGACCAUCUCGAGAGUUUUUCUUCCUGCUGUCUCAAGAGCUGUUUAACCCUUACUAUGGCCUGUUUGAGUACUCCGCUAACGACACGUACACUGUCCAAAUCAGCCCCAUGUCUGCUUUUGUGGAAAACCAUUUGGAAUGGUUCCGUUUCAGUGGUCGAAUUCUCGGCUUGGCAUUGAUUCAUCAGUAUUUGUUGGACGCUUUCUUCACCCGCCCAUUUUAUAAAGCGCUUCUCAGACUAUCCACAGAUCUCAGUGAUCUGGAGUAUCUGGAUGAGGAGUUCCACCAGAGCUUACAGUGGAUGAAGGAAAAUGACAUCACAGAUGUGCUGGAUCUUACCUUCACUGUCAAUGAGGAAGUGUUCGGCCAGGUAACAGAACGGGAGUUGAAGUCCGGCGGGACAAACAUGCAGGUGACCGAGAAAAACAAGAAGGAAUAUAUUGAUCGGAUGGUGAAGUGGAGAGUGGAGCGAGGCGUCGUCCAGCAGACUCAGGCUCUGGUCCGAGGCUUUUACGAGGUGGUGGACUCUCGUCUGGUUUCUGUGUUCGACGCCAGAGAACUGGAGCUGGUUAUUGCAGGAACAGCAGAAAUUGAUUUAAACGACUGGAGAAACAACACGGAGUACAGAGGAGGUUAUCAUGAUGGGCACAUCGUCAUCCGGUGGUUCUGGGGAGCGGUGGAGCGCUUCAAUAAUGAACAGAGACUGCGUCUGCUGCAGUUUGUGACGGGCACCUCCAGCGUGCCGUACGAGGGCUUUACCGCCCUGCGCGGGAGCAACGGCCUACGACGCUUCUGCAUCGAGAAAUGGGGCAAGAUCACAUCGCUCCCGAGGGCACACACAUGCUUUAAUCGUCUGGAUCUUCCGCCGUAUCCGUCCUACACGAUGUUGUACGAGAAACUGCUGAUCGCUGUGGAAGAAACCAGCACUUUUGGCCUUGAGUGAGGACUUCACGUGACUUUCCCGUGUACACUGUAUUUACUUCUCUACUAGCGUGGAUCGUAUCCUGUGUUCGUUUCUUCGGUUUGUUCAGGACACCACUGCAUGCAUCAGUCACCUGCGCGGGUGGACAGUGUGUAACGGGUAUGCAAUAGUGAAAGAGAAGCCUUCAACCUGCUUUAACACUCAGGGCCUCGACCUCCGCUGGAGUCGCUCUCAGUUCGCACAUCAUCAUUUCGCCAUAAACCGUCGCUUUCUUUUGGUGCGUUUUGACAAGAAUUGUAAAGUUAAAACCAAAUACACUCACAGAAAACAUCUGAUCGAGGUGCCGUGAUUACUGUAAAUGUGUGCACUAGUGAUGAAUCUCACCCAACACGUCAUCAUCACAGGAAGUGACAUCACGUCAUGUCACUUUGCAGGAGUCAAAGACAGACUAGGGGGAAAUGGCAAGUCUAAACCUUGAUUUGACACUUUUAAAGUAUUCGUUUAUCAAUCAACGCAUUUUAAUGUUAAAAUGUUUAAAGCGUCAACAAUGUUCAGGGCUUCAUGCUGUUUUAUGUUUUGUCUGUAAAAUGUUUAGUGUUGACACAUGAUUGCUUUCAAUUAAUGAAUGUUUUUGGGUAUGUUUAAAAAAAAAAAUUCCCCAACAUAGCAUUUUUUCUUUAAGGUCAUCACUGAAAGUGAACAUGCUAAACAACAAAUCCAGUUUGAAUAUGUUAAUUAUACAGCUGUGUAGAGUGAGAUUUUGAACCAAUGAGAUUGUUCUGUGGGCGGAGUUACCCCGCAGAUCAAAGCAAACAAAAGGGACUGACAAAAUGUCUGGUCAGUUGUGGCAGUUGCGUUUGGUUAAGACACUGUGCAAAGGGGCAUUCAUGGUGACAGUAGCGAUUUGGACGUGUACUUUAUGUAAAUGAGCACUGCCAAUAGGAGUGAAGACAUCUCAGUAAAAGGCCUUUAGUGAAUGAUUCAUUAUGCACUGCUGCAGCUUAUAUAGAAAUUUCCGUUUAGCAUGUUCAUUUUUACUGGCAAAAAAUGCAUUAGUUGUCAAAAUGGAACGAUUCUUUGUUUUAUUUAUUGUGUGGUUGUGUGUUUAUCAUGAUUACCGUUUAUCAUGAUUAUCGUGGGGUCCCAUUGGCUGUUCAUCGUGGCUCAUUUGCAUAUGAUUAAAUCUCCAAAAAUGUACUUGGAUUUUCCUGAUGCCAUGAUAUGCACUCAUUUUCUCCAAUGUUUAUAAAAUGUAUAAUCUAUUUAUAUAUGGUGUCUUUUUAUGACUUAAAGUGGUAAAGAGAUUGUAAGAAAUGUGUGCGCUACACUUCAUGUUCACUUGAGUGUUUCAGCUGUUUAAGGUGAAGAUAAGUGAGAAAUUCUGAAAGUGGGCUAAUAUAUUUAUUAAAAAAGAAAAUUGGUUUAAAUGUCAGAAAACAUUUCUUUGAAAGGUCAGAUUGGUUCGUUCUGUGGGUUGGUUUGUUGACGACUAGAUUCCUGUGCUGAAGUUUUGAUUAUUGUUCAUGUUUACAUUUUAAAAUGACGUGAAUGUGUGUUUUAUACAUUAAGAUCGUCAUAAAUCGUCAUGCCAUUUAAAGGUGCAUGUGUUUGUGUAUAAUCCACACUUGAUGAGUCAGUCUUUUAAUUUUAUAUCCUAAUAUUUUCAUAAAGGGAUUGUUCACCCAAAAAAUAUGCAUUGUUUGAAUAUGCAGAAUAUUCGAUCGCAACAAUCGUUAAUUUCCUUUAUUAACAGAAUAACAUGAUGGUGAUGAUUUUUUUUUUUCUUCAAUUGUUUAAUUUUGGUUGUACUGUCCCUUUAAUGUGGUGAUGGAGAAGUAAAGCAAUCCGGCUUUGAUAGUCUCUGAAAUAUAAUUCUAUCUAAUAUCAAUUGCAGCUCAAAUGAACAACGCAGCUUAAGAUGUUAGGAAUGUAGAGAAAGUGCAUUUGUAUUAUUUAUCCCAAUCAAGAAAUUAUAAAAUAUCUGUAUAUCAAAUGUGUACAUAUUUGCUUGAACAGUCUAUGUAAAAUCAAAAUUUUAAAACGUGAUGAAUCAAUUCAACAGCCAACAGUUCAUCUUUUUUAAAAAAAAAAAAAAAACAUGUCUUCGUACUUACUAUUGACAUAAUGUUAGUUCAAAAUGUUUUUCUUAUAUGUAUAUUAGUACUAUGCAUAUUUGUUUGCAAUUAUAAGAAAUGCUACUGUUUUGGCGGUUGUGAAGGACGUUUCUUCAUUUAUCAAGACUCUCGCAGCCCUGAAAUGAAAACGUGAGAGAAAUAAGGAGAAGGUUCUGGAACAAACUGCCUUUCUCUGUAAACAUGUCAUUCUGGGAAAUGCAGAAAGAGUUGGCUCCUGCUUCCACCUCGGACACAUACGCUAGUCUGCUUAUGUAUUUUUACACUUUUAAUCUAUCUGUAUGGAAGAGAAUAAGAGCGGAAAUGUACAAAUGUUAAUUUGAAUUGUGUGUUGAGGUCAAUUAUAGCGCCUCUCUCAGGCUGAGAUCUGUAACUACAGCAUUACACUGUUAACGAAUGUCAAUAAACAAUCACUUUCUAUCUGAA